AUGUGGCCUGGCCUUGCCAACUCCAACUCCAACUCCAACUCCGACGUCGCGUCGGUCCGUCCUCCAGGCUCGCUCCCACCAAACCCCGAGUUUCACCAUGUAAACCCGGCGCCGCACACCACCAUGUCGCCCAAGCACAUAGGCCCCGUGGCCCGGACCUGGUAUAGAUGGAAAGCCCUGCGCCUCCCCUGGCGAAAGCGCCUCUUUGUCGGCUACGACCUACAAGGCAACACGUACUGGGAGUUCCGCCUCGCGAGACCGUCGCCCGGCGCCGCACCGUCAGACUCCCGCUGGCGCCGCAUCGUGCACUACCCCCGGUCCACGCACUAUUCGCAGGUGCAGGUAUCGCCCCUGUGGCACCAGUGGCUGCGGCACACGCGACGCGAUCCGCCGUCCCUGGAGGAGCAGGCCGGCGAUGUCGCGAGGCAGGCGAGGAUGAGGCGUCUGGCCGCCGAAGCGGACGCCAGGUGGGAGGCGAAGCCGCGCGUCAUGGACGACGUCGGGCCUGCCGCUCAGGCGCAGGAGCAGUUAGCACGGCCCGCAGGCAGGGCUGAGGAAUCAUCGCCAGCGGCACCAGGGACAGGAGCAGGAGCAGGAGCAGGAGCACAGCCAGAACAGGACGGAGCGCCGCAAAGGUACCCGGGACGCAAGGAGGACCCUUGGACAAAGGCCAGGGCCCGGGGCCCGGGUGAAUCUUGGCAGCCAUCGGCUUGGAACCCAGCGGCCGCCGUCCCAAAGAAGAGAUGA